AUGAUUCCAUUUGAUCAACAAUUUUUUGUUGAAAAACAAAGAAAUAAUACAUAUGAAUGGUUAGUUUUUAUAAUUACAUUAAUACUACUAGGAGGUCAUGGACUACUAUUUCAUUGGAUACCUAAAUUUUUAAGAAUGAAAAGAACAGAAGAAGGUAUAAAACAUAUUAAAUUUUUUAAAUUUUUGAAAAACUGGGAUAAAUUUACAUCAGUUAGGAAAUUUACAAUAUUUAAAAGAUAUUCAUUUUUUUAUCAACCAAGUCUUGUUUUAUUUUGUUUUUUAUUUGUUUGUUUUAAUGUUGGAUUAUGUUUUGCACAAAUUAAAGAAAUUGAUUAUCAAGGACAAAUGUAUCCAAUGUCAAAAAGAAUUUCAAGAGUUGCUGUUGGUAAUUUACCAAUAUUAUUAUUUAGUGUUGCAAAAAAUGAUAUUUUAACAAAUUUAUCAGGAUUUCAAUUUGAUAGGUUAGAAUUUUUACAUAAAUGGUUAAGUAGAUGGAUGUGGAUAUUAAUUUCAAUUCAUUUAGCUUUAGGAACAUAUUAUUGGUUAUCAAUGAAUUUUAGAAUUAUGAUUAUUAUACCUCCUCAAAUUUUUGGAUUUAUGGCUUAUGGAUCAUUUUGUAUUUUAACUUGGGGAUCAAUGAAAUUUAUAAGAAAAUGGAGUUAUGAUUUUUUUUUAAUUCAACAUAGAGUUUUUGCUUUUAUUAUGUUAUUUAUGUCUUUCAUUCAUAAUCCUGGAAAUAGAGCUGCUGUUUUAAUUUCAGUUCAUGGAUUAGUUAUUGAUAGAGUUAUACUGAAAAUUAUGGCUUAUAUUCAUAAAAAUCAUUCUCCAACUAAAUGUAAAUCAACUUUUGAAAUUUUAGAUGAAAAUACAAUUGAAGUUACAAUACCAAUAAAAACUGAUGAUUAUAAAUCAAAUAAAUGGUUUAAUAAAUUUUUAUCUUAUAAAAAUUGGAAAGCUGGUCAACAUAUUUAUUUAAAUGUUGCAAAAGUUAAAUGGUUUCAAUAUCAUCCUUUUACAAUUGCAAGUGUUUCUUCUUCAAAUGAUAUGAAAUUAUUAAUUAGAGUUCAAAAGGGAUUUACUAAAAAAUUAAUGAAAUAUUUAUCUGAUGUUGAUCAUACAGAACAUGAUGAUGAAUUAACUACAAUAAAUACAAUGUUUCAUGGUCCUUAUGGAGCUGUUCAUCAACCAUUUAUAACUUUUGACCAUUGUUUAUUUUUUAGUGGUGGUUCAGGUGGUGCUUUUACAUUCCCAGUAUGUCUUGAUUUAUUAAAACAAAUUGACGAUAAAAAUAUGAUUGGUGAUUAUUUAUUUCGACCAAGAAAUCCCAAAAUUAGAUUUGUUUGGGUUAUUAAAAAGUAUGAAAAUAUAAUAUGGUUUAAACAUAUAUUAGAUCAAUUAAUAGAAUAUUCAACAUCAGGAAGAUUAAUUAUUGAUAUUUAUAUAACUCAAGAAAGAAAACAUAAUUCAGUUUCAUCAGAAUCAACAAAUGAUAUAUUAAUAGAUCAAACUUCAAUUGAAUCAAAUCUGGAAUUAUUAAAAAAGAAUAAUAAUAAUACAUACGAAAUACCUUUAAAACAACCUGAUUUAAUAUAUUCUGAAAAAACUAUACCUUUACCAACAACAUCAACCUCACAAACUUUACCAACUUUAAAAUCAUCUAUAUCUACAUCUUCAAAUAUUGAAGAUAUUUCAAAUUUGAAUAAAGAUACAAUAGAAAUUUUAACAACAAAUGAACAUGAGGAAGAAAUUAAAUUUCCAAAAUAUAAUAUAUAUUAUGGUAGACCAAAUAUAGGAAAAAUUAUAAAAAAUCAUUCAAUUGAAUUAACAAAAGAAAUGAAAUUAAUGAAUUCUUACAAGACUUUAUCUGUUGCUUCUUGUGGCCCUCCAAUGUUUACAAAUUUAAUAAAGGAACAAUGUCAGGAAGCAAGAAAAAUAAAAAAUUCUCCUGAUGUUUAUUGUUAUACUGAAUCAUUUUAA